AUGUCAUCUUGGACUCAUUUGAUUCGUUUUAAAGCCAAAGAGGAUGGUCAGGUUCACCUGGGUCAGUUGGUCGAUAGCACUCGGGACAUUGGGCUCGACUAUAUGGACGGUGUGGAGAUUAAAGCUUUCUUACUCAACGGAGACAUAUACAACGGCACCGUUACAGAGCAAGUACUCACAGUAGACUACUUACUCGCGCCGGUCGACCAAGGACAGUGUAACUUUAUCAGGUGUCUUGGGCUAAACUAUAGGGACCACGCAGAGGAAGGCAAUUUCCCAAUUCCCAGCGACCUCGAGGUUUUUACCAAACCCCGCACUGCGCUCACCGGCCCUUUCCCGGCGGCAAUUACUAUCCCAAAAUGUGCUCAGGACGGAUCGAGCGAUUAUGAAGCAGAACUUUGUGUUGUGAUUAGAAAAGCCGGUCGAGACAUCCCAGAGAAUAGGGCUCUGAACUAUGUCUUGGGAUAUACGGCGGCCAACGACGUUUCGGCCCGGAAUCUCCAGCUGGCAGUGAAACAGUGGUCCUUCUCCAAAGGACUGGACAAUAGUUGCCCAACCGGCCCUGUGCUUGUUUCGCCCUCGACGAUUCCUAAUCCCCAGUCUCUUGGCAUAAAGGCUAUCUAUGACGGUCAAACUGUACAAAAUGGAAACACGACCAACAUGAUCUUUUCAGUCGCGAAGCAAGUUUCAUGUCUUUCUAGAGGAACAACGCUGGAAGCUGGCUCUAUCAUACUUACAGGAACGCCCGCGGGGAUCGGGUACUUUAAGAAGCCCCGUUGUGAUGGAGGGUAUCCUUCGUGUUUCCAUUGCCAGGAUACUGAUGAGCGUUGCGAAUACCGAACAUCUUCUCAUCGCGAACAACAAGAGGCUAUUUCAGACAACACCCUGGUACUUGAGCAGCGGCUCAAGCUUCUAGAAGAUACUGUGCAACGACUUCGAAACACAUCAUUUUCGACCGCAGAAGAAUCUGAUGAAUGUGACUCACCACAAUUAGUCAUCCAGGACCUGCCUGAGAAUUUCCUAUAUUCGAGCAACGAUCAAGAUGGCGGAGGAAGUACUGGAGAAGAGUUCUACGGCCCUUCUUCCAACAUUUUCUAUCUUAGGCAGAUCCUGGGAGAAAUUGACUCCGCAACCUUGUCUUCCUUCCGUGGCACGGACAGCAAGAUUUCAGGCUUCAUCAAGCCAGAAUGCUCCCCUCCAGCAGCAGUGUUUCACAUGGAGUCAGUCCCAGUAGCCAGACAUGCUGACAAUGAAGAUCUUUAUAUUCUUCCCCCAAAUCAUGCAACUAGGUCCCUCGUCGAGCUUUUCUUCCGAGACUAUGGUUCGAUGAACCCAUUUUUGGACAAGCAAACAUUCAUCCACACUCAUGUUGAUCCUAUCUACGAGGGAACAAUCCCCCCGGAUCCAUCUAAGCUGGCGUUGCUCGAUAUGGUGUUAGCGAUAGCUACAGCGUCGAGUGUUGACUCAAUCACGCCGGCUACACGAAGAUUCCUGAUUUCGAGGCUCUUCUUUGAGAGAUCGAAAAACUUGUUAUCAAAGGAUGCUUUUGAAUGUGGCAAUCUUGAACAAGUUCAGUCCUACCUGUUGAUGACCGUCCAAAAGGCCCUCCGCCAGGGUCUUCACAACGAGGAUUACCUAGCCACGGACUUGUCUCCUGAAAAAGAGGCCAAACGGCGAACUUGGCAACUGUGUUUGUUCAUGGAUAGCGCCUUUUCAAUGCAUUUUGGGCGUCCGUCUUUGCUGGGGCCUUUUAAGGAGCGAGCUGGUCUCUUCGUAAAUCAACCAUUACCAGUCCCGGCUGCAAGGUCUUCACCGUCGGAUCGUUGGCCUGAUGAAGAGAGCUCAACCUUCUUUUAUCUAUCUUUCAAGCUUUACGCAAUCUUGGGACAGAUUGUUAGCACAGAAUAUUUUCAGAGCCCGAAACCUCUUGACUUGUCUCAAUUCAUGGACAUUAUAGCCUCUAUAACCUGCAUGAGUCAAAAGCUUGACGACUGGCUUGAUUCAUUACCCGAGAAAUGGCAAGCAUCGAUCUUAGACUCCUCGGCUGCGCCGGUAGACGAAGCUGAGUCGCAACACAAUUUAUACAGGGUCCUAGGUUUGCGGUACCACAACGUCCGCCUCAUGCUACAUAGGCCAGCUCUUGUGCUUGUGCUAUCGGCUGUGAGAAAAUCAGCCAAUCCUAACGACAUGACCAGAACGUCUAGACGACGGAUUCUUCUGUUCUCCAGGCCUAGUCUUGACACGAGUAUAGAGUCGGCCGAGGCCAUCGUAGCCACGAUCAAUGCGUUUGAGGGUGGAAAGCCUGGACCAGGAAUGUGGUGGACAUUGAUCCAGAUCGUUUACAACGCGACACUGACAUGCUUUGCUUUGAUAUGUCUGCAGACAAAGGAUGCUGCUUUUGGAGGGUUUCAGGCCGUCUCCAAGGCCCGGGCAUGUAUCGACCUCGCCAGACAGGCAUUCUGGAAGUUGGUACCCGACCAUCCUGCUGUAGAAAGAGCUUCAAGCUUUCUGCGACACAUUUCUCGACUCUGCGAUCAUAUAGUCCAGCAGAAUGUCAGCGCAUCCUUAGUAGAUUCUGUCCCAAAUAUUUCACCAAGUCAAGCCGAUACAGAAUGCCUAGGACCAGAGUCAUUCCCUUUCGACUUUUCAAUAUUCGAAAGCCUUAAUGAUCCAUUGUUCACAUAUCGUCAAAACGAUUUUGAGAAAGAUGCUGAUGCUUGA